GUUGGAGGUACUAAUUCCCGGGCUUACCAAUCCGACCAAGGAUUUCGUACCACUUUGCAAAUGACGCGGAUCCUCUAGACUGCCCAAAGUUACAAAACGCGUCUAUUGCGUGGAGUCAGAUCGCAUCUUGAGUUGCGCCCGCUCGACCCACUUCACGUCAUGGCUCCGGAGUUGGUUCAUUUGGGUGGCGACUUCCACUGCUACGCCAGUGGAGUAGACGAAGCUCGGUUCAUCUACAGGGAGGUUUUCCAAGAUCACAGCUACGGAGGCUCUGAUCUCCCAUCAAAACCGCUGAUCGUCGACGUCGGUGCCAACAUCGGGCUCUUCUCUCUGUACAUGAAGCAACAGCACCCAGGGGCACAGAUUCUAGCUUUUGAACCAGCCCCAGAAACUUUUGAUGCCUUGACCCGCAACCUCGCGCUACAUGGGGCAUCCGACGUCGCAGCACAUCGUUGUGCCCUGGGAGCAGAUACGCAUACGGCUACGCUGACGUACUAUCCAAACGUCCCGGGCAACUCAACUCUGCGGGGCAUGGACAAGAUGCGUGAUCAAGAGGUCUUGCGGGAACACUUUGGAGCUGUGAAGGUGGAAGGCUGGUUUCGAGACCCUGUCGAGGUUGAGGUUCCCGUUCACCGGUUGUCGGACUACUUGGGUAGAUAUGUAGACGAAGGCGACGCUAUCGACCUACUGAAAGUCGACGUGGAGGGAUCGGAAAUGUCGGUACUUCGGGGGGUUGACGAGGCGGAUUGGUUGCGAGUGCGCCAUGUGCUGGUCGAAGUAACCGGUCUCAAUGGCUGCCGGGACCAGGUGCAGAAUUUCCUGCAGGCUAAGGGGUUCAAGCUUUCCUAUGCUGCGGCUCGAGAGAUUCCAGAAGGGUUAAAAACAGGCGUGUUGACGGCCAUCCGGGGCCCAUCAAAUGAAGACUCAGGCGUGAAUCUUGGGGCAUAAUCACGGAGCUCCACAUGUGGACGGCGUUCAUCAGGGGCUGCU